AUGUCGGUGCAGUGCGAGUCUGGGUUCUCGAGCGAGGAGGUGUUAAACAACCGCUUCCCUCUCCACCGGGCGUGCAGGGACGGAGACGUCGGCGCCUUGUGCUCCUUCCUUCAGACCGCCGCGAACCCGGCUGACCUCGCCGUGGAGGACACCUUCUACGGCUGGACGCCCAUACACUGGGCAGCUCAUUUCGGAAAGCUGGAGUGCGUGAUGCAGCUGGUCCAAGUGGGCUGCGGCGUCAACAUUAUGACCUCCAAGUUUGCCCAGACGCCCACUCACAUUUCAGCGUUUGGAGGCCAUCCCCAGUGCUUGUUAUGGCUUCUACAGGCCGGUGCCGACAUUAAUAGACAGGACUAUGUGGGCGAGACGCCCAUCCACAAGGCUGCACGUGCGGGCAGUCUGGAAUGCAUCAACGCUCUGUUGGUGCAGGGAGCAAAAGCUGAUGUGAGGAAUGCCAGCGGGCUGACCGCCGCCGACCUGGCCCACGCGCAGGGCUUCCAGGAGUGCGCCGAGCUUCUCUCCAAUGCCCAGAACUUCCAACAAAACAUGGCUCAAUUCCAUAACGGGGCCGUUCUGAACGGCACCGCUCGCAAUGGGGAUCAUCACCAUAACCCUACAGUCCAGAAUCGUGGCUUCUUCAAGGGUAUACCUAACAGAAAGAGAUCUUUGGAUGAGCAGGAAGUCAACCCGGUGAAGAAGGCAAGACCAAAUGGUCUGGGCAUGCCGCUUGAACCACAAAACGGUAACGAGCUACAGUUUGGUGCUGGAGACUUACCAGUGGAAAGCAUGGAGUUGGCGUCAACCGUGACCUCAGGUGGGCCGGGACCCUUUGCAUUGGGGCUGAAUGGGGUGGCGCCAACCAACGGGCCGGUGCCCUUGGAUCAGUGGGAGGACCAGGGGGGGCGGAACGUGUCCCAGCCUGCUUCUAAAGGGCUGGAGGUCUUCAAUGUGACUUCCAUGCAAACGCCUUGUCGCUGCACCAACUCUUACGCUUAUUUGUAG